AUGUUCGAUCUGUCCGAUGUGCCCUUCUUCGUUUAUGUGCCAUUUCUCGCGCUCGCUUUUUUCGCUUGCAUUGCCAUGAUUACGAGGAUAUGCCUAUCGUGCAGACUGGCUUCUGGGAGCGGCGGCACUGGUGAUUCGAGAAUUUGGUUGUGGUUGGGCGGGAGAAGAUCUCACGCUAUGCCAAGAGCCGCACAAUCAAGUGUAUCAGUUGAUGAACACGAUGGACAAGGGAAUGGAGGACACGUACAAAGGAGAGGAGCGAAUGGGAAUACACCCGAACCACCUGGUUACUAUGCUGGUGUCCUUUCAACAAACACAUCGGGUUGUUAUCCAAUGUAUGUACCACCGUACAAUGAUGGACCGACCGGCGGGGCGAAUAGGGAUCCACGGUUAUUUCAGGGUCUAGCCGGUGUGCAAGCCCCUCCACCCUAUCCUCCACCACCCGACUACAAUCAAUUGGAAUCAAUUCCCGAAUUGCCAUCAAUUGUCAAUAUGCGUUUACCCUCCUCUCCAACAGCUCAAUCGACUGGCGUUGUCCCAUCACAGUCACAAUGCUCGACAACAACGAAAACCGAUUCAUUUCAUGAGGCCUUUCCGCCUGUUGAU